AUGGUGCGAUUGUACGCAACAAGCCAGAACGAUGAGAAGUUGAAUGGCAUGAGGAAGUGGGGCAGCACAAGCUGCGUCUUUCAAACAUUGGUGUUCUUAGACCAAGCUUUGAGCCAGCGCAAUCAGAGCCCAUUGCUUUUUGCAAGCGCUUGGCUGCAUUCUGAUGCGCUCGUGGCUAAUUGCUUGCAAGAAGGUGCCACCAUGUGUGAUUCUUGGCAGCUGGAGGUGUUUCCGCGCAAUGAGGCACGAGGCAUGACCCGAGAUUCCCGGCCUGAUGAAAUUCAAGCUUUUGUAGUGGGGGAUGAGAAGCACCAGAGGCCGCAAGUGGAUGCCUUUGAGAAACUUGAGCAUUUCUUCACCGAGUGGGAUUGCCAGCAGCUUGGUGGCACUAUCUUCGGCAUGAGCCUUCUCCCCAGCGGCAACUUGCGUGACGCUUUCCAGGCCAUGGCGCAGCAUUGGGAGCAGUACGCUGAAAGCCAGUGCUUUUGCACAGGAUACGCAUUGAUUGCACGUGGCAAAUGCUUUGGCAUCGUGGCGUGGCAAGCUUUCUCAGGCCUUCGCCAUCCUUGGCUUCUGGGAUAUGAUUCCCAUGCCUUCAGUGCUGAGCGAAGCAACUGCUCCUAUUCCAUGGUGGCGAAAGGGUUUUCAGACUUCCAGCGACUGCUGCUCUGUGAGCGUUCUUCUCAGCCGUUUUACCUGGAGACUGAUGAGUGCGUGCUUUUCCAUUUUCCACCACAUGCGAAGCGCCAAUGCCAGGACGAGGCUUCACACCUUGAAACCCCGCAGAAACGUGAUCAAUGCAAGGUUGCAGAGCACACUCCAGACAAAGUCCUUCAGAACGAUCGAGCUGCCCGCGCCGCGGAAAUCCCAAGAUAUCCAGCCCUUACGAACAAACAGAAGCGCACGGCCAAAACGGAAGGAGCUGCGAUGGCGGAAAAAUGCGAUAUCGAUUACAACAUAGUUUUCCAGCGACUUCAUGCCAACAAGGAGUGCUACGUGGAAAAAGGCCACUGGCAAGAUUUUUGCAUAUCCGUGGCCAGAGACACGCCUGUGGACUGCCCUGCAUGUCACGUACUUAAGGAAACAAUCAGCAACAGGCUUCGUGACAGAGCGACCUGUCAGGGAAAGAGCGAUGCUCAGACUGAGCCACAGAAGCGAGGAGAGAAGAGAGCAGGCAUCGACUUGGCAGAAGAACAUGCGGCCAAGCGAGCCAGGGGCCGUCCCCCCAAGAACUCAGAGUCAGUGCAAUUGCAAAAGUGGGUCCACAGAGAGCGCAACGGUAUCUACGUUUUCGUGGGCAGCACAGACGACAGUUUGGACAUGAAAUGCAAUCUCUGUGGGGGACGCUUUUCAGGCCAGAAAUGGACAACCUUGAAAGGAGUUUUGUCGCAUGAGAAGUCCCGUGCUCACCUGUUGGCGGUAGCUCUGGCAGAAGAAAAAGAACGAUUUGAUUUGAAUACCUUUGAACGUUGCGCUGGCCUAGUACUUGAUGAUAUCACAGAAGGCCACGAGUUCUUCAACUGCAAGGAGAGCGCCCGAAAGUGGUGGGAAGCAGACUGCCCUGACUUUAAAGAUGGAAUUGGGCAGACUUUUCGAGUCUAUCAGGAUUCACAUGGCCGCUUGCGUUUGCAAGCAUCUUCUUGCCAAUCCGGAGCCGAUAGCAUGAUUCCUCCAGGGGUUGCCUGCUGCAGAGUUUGCAAUUUCAAAGCCACGACCAACCAAGUUCGGUUGCACAUUGAAGGCUGGUCCUUGAGACUGGAUUUAGUCCGGUGGCUGCAUCUUCAAGUGGCCGGGUCGGUUGCAGAGGUACAGGAGCAUGAGAAGCACCUCCAGAGGUAUGAGCACAUCCUCAAAUUUCAGCUGGGGGAUUUUGUGGGUCCGAAGUCCAGCUUUGGAAGGGGGCUCAUUAAAUGCAAAAGCAUGCUGCUUAGCUCACCGAGACAAUGCAGGAACAAUGCUCUCCAGCAGUUCCUAGCCAGUCGGUUGAUUUGGUUGCAGGAAGGGAUGGUAGGCCAAGGGCGCAAUGUGGAGAACAGCAAGCUGGCUCAUGAAAUCAUUGACAAUCUGUCUAGCGGCUCACGUGCAAAGGAGGAAAUUCGGGCAUGCAAUCUCAUUUCCAAAGGGGUUCUUGAUGGGAACAUGCUGGCCAAGACGCUGCUUCUUUGCCUGGUGAACAAAUGUGACAAAGAAAAGCGGGGCUUGGUUAAGCAGAACAUAUCGUGUGGGGAGGGCAUUUCCAAAGACUGCCUCACAGAAUUGACUUGGAGACUUGGAGGGCUGGCUGGCGCACAUGCACUGCUCCAGGACUUGGGCAUCAACCGUGCCUCGGCACAGCCUUCGCCACACAGCCACACAAGUAUUGCACCACUGAAUUCUUGCGUGGUGCAAGUGUCCCCCAGUGCAACAGCUUCUCAUAAUGUGAUCAGAAUGUGA